UCGCGUUGUUUUCGUUUCAAAAGGAGGCGUGCCGCGCGGAAGCAAGCACGUACACGUUGCUAAGAGGAAGAUCCGCAUUGUUUUAAAACAGCCCGGACGUGUACUUUUCAGUCCUACAAACUAGGCUACAGCUAUGCGCGUCAAAGCCACGACAGCUUCCUCGACGCACGAGCCCCUGCGCUGCCAGACAUUGCGCGACCUGCUCUAAACGGGGAUCGCAGGUGUUCGCGCGCUAUGUUUAUGUCGUCCGUGCCUCGUGCCGCGUUAGAAGUUUCAAACAGCUGCUUUUUAAAUCGCGGUCAGGAGCGGGAGUGCCGCAGUACCUGAGUGCUGUGUGCAAGCGACACAUCAUCGCAAACCAGCGGCGUGGAAAGAAAACAUGGGUACCGUGCUGGACUCCAUCCUCACGUACGCUUACCUCACAGUCCUGUACUUCGUGCAGGGCAUCCCAUACGGCGUCCAGGACAAGCUAUUACCCCAGUACCUCAGGUCGAAGAGGUUUUCUUACAGCAAGGUGACACUCGCCCGAGUCUUGCUUGUCCCGUGGCUCUGUAAGCCCCUGUUCGCGUCGUACAUCGAGAAACGAUGGACCCAAAAGUGCUGGCUCCAGGUCUUUCUCGCCACCAUGGCAGCCAUUACGUGGCUGUCGUCCUACUUCGGCGACAACGCUUGGUCAUUCGUCUCGACGCUAUUCUUCCUGAACGUGGUCUCGGCGUCGUUCGACAUCUCCGUCGACAUUGUCGCGAUGGACGUGCUUCAAGCAUCCCAGCUGUCCUUCGGAAGCGCCGUUCAGGUGGGGUCCUACAAAGUAGGUGCCAUAUUCGGCGGCGGCGUCCUCUUCUUGCUGCAACUUCUCGCCGGAGUGAAAGGCAUUCUUCGGGGCAUGUCGGUCGCGUACGCUCUCGCACUUUGCCUCGUUACUCUGCGAAAUGACUCUGAAAAGGCCGGCAUGAGAUCCGAGGAAGAACCUAUGGAGGAAAAUGUGGAAGAAGAGAAGUUUAAGCCAGGUGAUGCCGAUGCCAAGUCGCCUGAAGGUUUGCGCCGCCGAAAGGGAUAUUCGGAAAAAAUGCUCAGUGGAAGCGAAUCGACGUCACGUGACACCUCUACUGAUGAGACGAUACCUGGCUCCCUGCUGGAGAGAUUGAAAUGCGCAAUUUCCGUUGAAGGCACUCUGGGCCUUGCUGUGUUCUUAAUCUUCUACAAGGCUGGUGAAUAUGGCAUUCUGACAACGUACCCUUCAUUCCUGUUGGAUCGCGGUUAUUCCUACUUUGUGGUUGGCUUCCUUAAUGGUGGGCUGGGACAAGUUAUAUCCAUCCUGGGAACCAUCAUUGGUGGAUACAUGGCACGAUCAAGCAGGAGCCACAAAAGCUUUCUUCUGAAGCUCUGCAUUGCUCGCAUUUUCCCUGCAGCCCUCAUAUGCAUCACUAACACACGGCUUUUUGGUCGUCCAAAGAAUGUUUAUUUCGGAGUCACAGCCAUGCUGGGGCUGAACCUGAUUAGUGGUAUGAUAACCACCGUGGUCUUCACCAUUAUGAUGAGCAUGUCACAGACUCUACAGAGGGGCCUCCGCUCCACGCACUUCUCUUUCCUGUGCACUGUCGAAGUAGUUGGCAAACUGGCCGCUUCCGUUCUGGUUGGCCCGUGCAUCGACUUGGUGGGCAAGACGCCCACAUACUUUGUCAUGACAGCACUUAUUAUAGCCAGUAUUUAUACCAUCAGGCUUCUCAAGUGACAUGGGCUCGUAGAAAGAGCUGGGCGAUUGUUGCAGCCACUGAAAGCGAGGGGCCCCUGUGUGUAUAUUAGAUUGUACUUGUUACACUAGUUGCAAGAUUUAGGGUGAUGCAAACAUAACAGAAAAAGUAACAAUUUUAUUAUCUUGAAUUUAGAACAGUGCAACAAGACAGAGGGACAAAAGAGGACAUAAACAGCACUAUCCUGUCCAUUGGUGCACUGUUCUGAAUUCAGCAUGUUCAACGAACAAGGCCCAAUUCUGAUGUUAUGAAAAUCUAAUAAGAAUAGUAGCAAACUGUGGUUUCUGCAGAAAUGCACAUGAACAAAUGGAAUAGCACCUUUUAAUAACAAAAAUUUUGUAGCCAAAGUAGUAAUAUCUGUCACUGAAAGGCAGCACUGUUGCAGCACAGCUGAAUUGCCACCUGUCGAUGACAAAUGUAACUAAGCUACGAGAUUUUUCCUCAUUAAAAAUUUUGUUUUUUGUGGAAACUACACCUUGCUACGGUAUAUACUUCUUGAAUGUAUAACUCUUGCUUUUUUUCGUUACUUGUCACUUAUCCUGCUCAUCCAAUUUCCUAUACUUAAAGGGACUGAUUACCAGUUUUCUGGUACCUAUUUCUUUCAGUGCAGUAAAAAGCUUUUAUGUUAGUGUCUAAUCAUGAAGUGGUAACCCGGAUAACACCCUGAAAUAUAUUUUAUCAGAAUUUUUCGAACUGCAUUUAGGAUGUAGUCUUUCGCUAGAAGCAUGCUGAAAACAGUGACAUGUAAGCGCAAUAGUGAUUAUAUGCUGGCAAAGGUGGGAGGCAGACUACAAGUGUGACCGUAGCUGUGAGAAAGUAUUAUUUUAUUUAUCAAGCCGAUGUUCCUGCAGUUCAUCUUUUCUGACGUGUUAAAUUAUUUCUUCAAUAAUAGCAACGUGUUUUUGUGGUUUCCUGUCCAACUGCUUUGGAUACUGACCAGUCAAGAACAUUUUCUUAGCCAAGCCAAGUUCGCAAAUGCGAAACAAUGCUUUGAUACGCAGUUCAGCGUCUUGCCGUAGCCUGACAUGUGCUAACAUUGUGUUGCUGGCACCCAUUUACAACACAAUUAGUCAAUGGCAUUUUGUAUCUCACAGGGAUACCGCACAACUCUGGGUACUUGCAAACUUGCAUGAGUACGACAUGCAUGUUGUCAAGUGUAGUCUGCAAACACUUCUUGAUGGCCUGCUUACACCAAUGUUUCCUAUUGCUGUUGCUUCUUGCCGACUGUGUUUAUGGCACACCUUGCUGAAAAAUACUAACAUAAUCAAGGUGCUGUUGUCAUGAGGCAAGUUUUUGUGGAGUAAUGAAAAUACUGUGCUGUCUGUCUGGAUGUUACAUUUUGUUUAUGUGAGAACCCUAGACAAAUAAUUUAAAAAGAAAAAUGACUUAUGCCACCCAAGCACCAUAGUACCUUCGCAUGGGGACAUAUUCUGCAACAAUUGCUUUUGGUAGUAGUAUCACCGUCAGGCAUGCACUGGUUGGCUGGUUGAGCAAAAUCAGAUUAGCUGAAGGCAAUAGAUAGUACUGCCGAAGUGAUAAUCUCAGAAUAUGUCCCGUGGUUAUUAACAAAUGCUUUAACUACUUCAUAUGCCCAAUGUUUUUCAAGACCCAAGAGGAAUGUUAUAAAAUGAACUAUGAAAUAGCAUUGAUUAUGCUAUCCAAGCAUUGUUGCACCUUUGUGUGGUCAUUGACAAGUGGUUCAUUAAUUAUUACUUGCCCAAAUUUUUUUCAGAAGCACCACAAUGUAUAUAUACUCUUGAGGUUCACUAAAUUAGGUGUAAACUUGCAUUGAAAUGUUCAACGGAAAACAUAUGUAAUGGCUGGAUAAGUAAUUUGUUCAUUUACAUGUCAAGUUGUAUAGAUUGAUCGAAGAACAGUAAGACACUGUUCCAAUGAAAUUAUUGCCCUAUGAUGUAUAGUUGGCUCUUCCUGUAGAGACUCCCUGAAACAAAUUUAGCCUUAUUUAAGGAAGUCUUUCAGACACAGCGAGUAUCUCUUAUGGAAUGUUUUUUCACAAAGAGUUUACGACAUCAUGCUAUGUUAAAAUAGCAUAAGAUCACCCUCCUCUCAAGCAACGGCAUCCCUUCUCAACUCAUAUUCUGCACAGCUUUUGCUAUGUUCCAAUUCCUUUUGUAGUGUUGUCCAGCGAUAUGAGCAUUGUCUACUUUUGAUUAUUUGGUCCAAGUAUGUUCCCUUGUCUAUUGGCAACACAUUUUUUUUCUUUUUAGUGUGGUGAUGGUGGCUUGAAGACCAUGGUUAUGUACAGUGCUCAUGUCCACCAUGAAUUUACUACAGUACUUACUCCCUGCAACCAUCUAUAAUGAAAGAAGAUAAGCACUCUCUGCUCUCCUGCAAUGGACACAGGUUCAAAUUUUAUGGGAAACUUAGUCAUUUUAUAAUGGAACUGACAACCAAUGUUUAACGCACUUGCCUUUAUCAGUGCAUUAGCAAAACACUGAAGCUAGACAGUGGUGCUACCCAGUGUACACAGUCUUGCAAAUGCUGACCCAGAGAUUGCUGCGGAAUGUAUCUUAUAAGAAUUUUUCAGUCUGUAAACACAGUCAUGUUUGCGCAGCCCUUUGCUACAAAGAGUGAUAAGUGAACACAGUAGCAAUUGUAUGCUGGCAUAUCAGAGAACCUGAAAACAAGUGUGACUGCAAGUGUAAAAAGUUGAUCUCAUAUUAAUCAAAACUGUCGUCAUGUGGCUCAUGCUUUCAGAAUUAUUUCUGCAAUAAGGUCUUUAUCCGAUUCCUUUUCAAGCUUUGCUUGUUCCUAGUCACCAAGACACGGCGAGGUCUGCUAUUAUUGCUCGUCUGGCAGCGCUGAAACCUCUGCAUAGAGCCUUUACAGCAUGAGUUGAAUACAUGCCUUGUCUUGCAGAGAGAGCAGAGACUACCAUAGAGAGCACUGGGGGCCUUGCAAACUUGCACACAUAUAAAAGCAUGUUAUAAGCACCACCAUGCUAUGAAGAGCACCGCUGGCCACGGAUAUUCCGCUUGCUGCCGCAACAGCAGCACCGCUUGGAGAACUUUUCUUCCAUUGUAACACGUAUUGAGAAAAGUGCAACUGCUUGUAAAAUGUAACGGAUACAUUUCUACAUAAAAAUUGCGGUGCACCCAAGUUACAGGGCUCCAAUGCCAGUAUUAAAUUCUGACAUUGGACUGCUGCAACACGCAGUUUUACAUGCCUUCCUCUAUCAAUUAGGAAUUGUAAUUCCUCUUUCAACCACAAACAUCCUAUUUGGUUCUAUCAAUAGGCAGCACAUACUUUUCGUUGCCUAGAUAUUAUCAUGACGCAUUUUGGUUGGUAGUGACACCCACCAAAAUCCACCGCUAGUGGGUUUGGUUAUGGACAAACAAUGCCAACAUCAAGAUAUACAAGCACCGUAAAGAGCUCAUAACAGAUGGCGCUGUAAAGGAAAAGCCACCUAGGGACUUGUGCAAUAUUAUUGUGCAAUUUUAGUUCAUGCAAAGCUUAUGUAUUCAGGUGGUUCUCACCUGAAACCUGCCAUAUGUAUUGAGGAAGUACAAUAAGGCAUUUUCCAAGUAGCCCUUUCGAUUCUUUUUUUUUUUUUUGCAUGAUGUUUUGCAAGUCGCUCGUGCAGUCCAUUUUUCCAAUGACACUAAUACGUGAAACUUGGUGAAACAAAACUGGGAAUUCUGCACAUUUUACCAGCAAAAGCUACGCUUGGGAUCUCAAAGGUUUCAUUAUUGUUGUGAAAACUGUUUCAGGCUGUGACGACUUACAACUGCCAUUCUUUCCCUUGCUGAUAGUUAGAUUUAGAGGAUUUAUUUACAGGAAAAGCAAAGAAACUGGCCCGAGUUUGUGCACUGUAGCCUUUGGCUUUACCAGGGAAGAGUAUAGGGAAGAGUGAGUGAAGAAUCACGAUGAGAAUAGCGAUGGAUGCAUAUGAACAUUACACAGUGGCUCUACUAGAGCUGCUCCUAGCCCCAUGCCACAUGGGAACUCCAACACUUUUUUUUAGCUGCCUUUACGGUUGUAGUAUCAGGCCAUGGGCCGAGAACAUUGGCCUCCAAAAGUGGUUGCUUGCCAACGUUGGCCAUUCAUAAGCCUUCUGAAUAGUGUGAUAUAUGUCAGAGCUUUUUCUUCUAUUAGUGUUGAACUUGGAACUGAGUGAUUAUUUUUGUAACAAGCAGCACUAUUGUGCAGUAAAUAUGUUGACGGUUGUAAUGGCAAAUGUUUACCAAAGCCUUUUCUUGCUAUACCAAAUGUUAUACGUAUAUAUAUUUCGGAGGAUUGACUGUCUUUAUGACCGCUGUGUCGGAACCCCCGUUGGCAUAUAUACAUGUGUAUUAUGUUGUGCUAAUUGCCACGCCAGAUCAAAAUUCAAGCCACAAAACACGGCCAGGGUACAACCUCUACUUUUUGUUAAUGUGUGUUUUGAUUGUUCUGCCUUGUGAAAUUGUUGGCAGCUGAAUGAGCAGCAUAAGCAUGAGCUUGAAAGACAUUUUACCUCAUGCUCUCUCUACAUUUUGCUGGGCGCAUUUCGUCGCCCGACUUUUUGCCAGUUAGCCAGCACAGACUUGUAGACAAAGACAGCAAGACAGACAGGGGAUGCUAUUUUGCUAGAACAGCACAAAGACUGAACUGGAGAAAAAAAAAAGGAAAUGUAAGCGCUGUCCUGUCAGUAUUUCUGAUGGUCUACCUCGAUGUAUGUCCUUGCGAUGCUCUGCCUACACGUGUCUCUGUCCUCAAGAGUGCAGUGUUGCCUUAUUCGUCUACCUUGCUGUCCUUGUCUGGCCUACGCUGGUUGACUGUUAUUAACAACUUGCUCAAAAGCCAGCAUUCUUUUGAGUCCUUAUCUAGUCAUGUGCUUGUUAUUUAAAAAGCCUAGGAACCUGUGCAUUUGCGACCAUUAGUUCAAAGGGGUGUGUGGUGUACUAAUGUGCAGUCUACAGAUAAGAGCAUAGGAGGUUUAGUACGUAAAAGAUUGUACAGCCUUUAGGGUGCAGUUAUGUCUCAUUUCUUCGGCACCUCGGACAUUGAACGUUCUUAUCAGGAACAGCAUGCCUGGUGUCCCAUAGCAUUCCUGAGAGGAUAGUUGAGGUGCACAGAGUGAGGACACAGAGGGGCACAAAGAAAGAUGCAAGUUUUGUGAUCAUUAUUGCUCAUUGCAAAAAAGGAACCUACAAUUCCUGGGGUACAAUUUUAUUGUUUAAAAUAAUCAAAACUGUGCACCAGCUACUUUACUGUCAGGUAUGCCACGAGAUUCCACAAAACUGACAAUUCUUAGAGCUGUCUAGCUUGUCCGUGUGCAUAUGGCACUUCACAGAACACUGGGUUGUCAGAAACUUGAAAAGCGGUAACAAAGCUGGUAGCCAAGCCCUGCGACUUGCGCAACAACAACACAUUACAAGCGUUUGCGUCGCGCGGUUGUUCCCAUUGGAAGUACAACAAACUGCGUGUUGAAGAUUACAUCACUGCUUUACACCAGCAGUGACGUAGACUACGGUUGGUUAUUGCAGCAACACCUCUGUGUCGGCUCUGGUUAACUCCACACCCCAAACCUGACUGCUCAUGUUUACGUCUCCGGCCUUACAUCAGUGGCACCGUGUAUACGAGCUAAAACUCUAUUGCGACAAAAUUACACCCUAAAAGGUGUACAAUAAGCUCUAAAGGACGAGAAAAUGUACCUGCUAUAUACCACACACCAGCACAUCAUUAUUAGGCGAGAGGGAGAACUCUUGCUCCAACGGUAAAGUAGCUGACCCCGGUGCUUUGCAAGGUUUUUCUUUACAGUAGGAAAGGCAGUAUGGUUCCCGAGCUAUUUGUAAAAGUCACCUUUUCUGCAAGUGCAUUGAAUGCACUGUGCAAACAAAUGUGGGCCAACUGACUUCACUCGUAAAAUACUUAAUCUGGAUGACUACUUCCCAUCUGUCAGUCAUGUUAAUUCUUUUGGUGUGGUGUUAAGAUGUUCAAACAUCAUUUUUAAAGCGUAUAUUAAACUGGAUCUUGUUUCUAGAAAUAAAAGUUUUUCCUCAUGGAA